GCGGUCACACUAAUCGCGCAUUGCAAAAAAUAUGCACAAGUCCAGUCAAGUCAAUAUUCCGCAUAAAAGCUAGUUAAAGGAGUAAACAACAUAACGGCGCCGUUUAUGCGAACAGCUAUUGAUUGUGUUGCCUACCGCCCAUUACCACUACAACUACCACUACCACCGACAUCGACAUCGACCGCAUCCUGUGCUCCUUGCAAACUGCGUGCCAGAGUAAAUCCACCGGGACGCAGCAGAAGCCAAUGCGCUGUGGUUCAGUCCGCCGCCUCAUUCAUCCGCAUGCUGAAUCCGAAUCCGAGAGCAAGUCCCAAUCCGAACUCUCCACCAAAAUGAAUCCCUGCGUGCUGCCCACUCCGUUGCCCGAUUUGGAUGGCGACAAGCGCUGGCACAGCAUACACCGCCGCUUCCUCUCCGACUGCCGCGAGAAGGAUCCGGACGUCAUAUUCCUGGGCGACUGCAUUUUCGAGGCGGUCCAGGAUAGCGAGGCGUGGAACCAGUACUUUGCACCGCUGCACUGCCUUAACUUCAGCAUACGGGACGAUUGCACCGAGCACGUCCUCUGGCGCAUCGAAAACGGAGCUCUGGACAAUGUGAACCCGAAAAUAGUGGUCUUACAUGUGGGCACCAAUAAUGUGAGGAACAGUGCCGAAGAAGUGGCCGAAGGAGUUCUGGCCAACGUUUCGAAAAUACGCCAAAAGCUGCCCAACGCCUAUAUUCUUCUUCCCUCUCUUUUGCCGCGAGGACAGCAACCCAAUAAGCUGCGCGAAAAGAACGCGAACAUAAACGAACUGGUCAAUGGACUGACCAAGGGCCAGUAUCGCGUACAGACAGUUGCCAUUGAUACGGGACUGGUGCAGAGCGACGGCAGCAUCAGUCAUCACGAUAUGUUCGACUAUAAGAACCUUACCAAUGCUGGAGCGAAAAAAAUUCUUGAACCCCUAUACGACUUGCUUUCGCAGAUUCUCAACGAAAACGAACGAAACGAUCUCACUCCCUCCGAAUAAAGUAUAACCAUUCAGCUAUCAUCUUCAUCAUCAUCACCAUCACAAUAAUAACCCAUAAACAAUUCCCACAAUGAAUUAAAACAAAUGUAUUUUUUAAAAUCUCAAAAGCAAUGGAGCUGCGAGUAAAUAUCACAAUUAACCUUAAGUUUUCUUAUCGAAUAGUAAACAUACCAUUUGCAAAAUGAAAAAUUUCACAUUUAUUUAUAAGACAAAACAUGAUUGUAACUGGGUAAGCAAGCAUCAGAAAAAAAAAAACAUCUUAGUUAUUUAUAAAAAAAUAUUUGCUGCAGCCAAAAUCAUAUUCCAAACAAAACAAUAGCUGUUACCAUCUCGUUAUUAAAAGACAUUUAGUUGUAAUAAUUUCCCUACGAAAGAAAUAUAAAAAGCUUCGUAAGCCUUAAAAUUAAACAAAA